GUUACAUUGUGUUGUGCGGGGAGGUCUCCUGCACUGAGUGGUCGGGAGAUCACAGUCCUGAUCACAUCUUGGUCUGUGGCCCCGCAGGAUGCUGGGCGCCUUGGCCCGGGGAAGGGACCAGUGAAGCCUCGUCCUGCCCCUCGGAGAGGAUCGUGCAUGUGUGGAGAGCGGGGCAGCGGGCAGGGGUGGGCACUAGCCUGGGCUAUGGGAGAAGAGCAGCUGAAACUUUUCUGGAGUUAUUGGGAGAAGCCUCCACCUGGUCCCGGACCUGCCAGACCUCACUACUAAGAGCCGUCAGCCUGGGCAUUGUGGGCACAGGCGCUGCUGCUAUCAUGCCUCUAUCCAAGAUGCCAGGCUGGGUGAUCCUUCCCAUCUCGCUGCCAGCCAUAACCAUUACCGGGAUGUGGAUCGUGUACGCCAUGGCACUGUCUAACAACCACAUUUGCCCUGUGUCAAACUGGGUAUACAAUCACACCUGUGAAUCACUAAAUGAUGGAAGUUGUUGCACGUUGGAUCACAUCCCUCUUGUAAGCAAAUGUGGAAACCUUCCUCCAGAGAGCUGUUUCUUUAGCCUUAUAUGCAGUCUAGGGGCAUUUAUGGUGAUGCUCAUCGGUCUGUUAAGAUACGCCCAUGUAAUUGAACGGUAUGGUCCCUCGUUGCUAAAUACUGUAGCAUUUGUGUUGGGAUGGAUUUGUGCAGCUGGACUCACCAUGGUUGGUAGUUUUCAGGUGGAUCAUGCCAAGGUUCUUCACUACAUUGGAGCAGGAGUUGCCUUUCCAACUAGUAUGCUCUUCAUCUUCUUCCAGUCUAUUUUGACAUACCGUAUGGCACAUGCCUAUUGGUACUGCUGGACUGGUCACCUUCGCUCCCUUUUGACUUUCUUUGGUCUGGUUAUAUUAGUGCUCAGUGGUGUCCUUUUCAUACAGGAAGGCUUUGUGCUUCAACACAUGGCUGCUUUGUGUGAAUGGACCUUCAUAAUAAAUGUUCUAAUUUACUAUGGGACUUUUGCCUUCGAAUUUGGGGCAAUCUCUACUGAUACCUUUCUGGUCCUCCUAAAAGCAAGCAGGGCUCCAAAAAGCUAUAAGGCAGGAACCAGCACUCCAACAACUCCUCAUGCUCACAGCACAUCUGAGAACAUGGCUAUGAUCUGACCGCAUCACAGUAUUUUUAUGGACAUCAUAUGCACCCCCUGAGCCGCCUUAUGAUCCUUACAAGCACGAAGACAUUGCCCUCUGUAGUAGAGGCUUCGAGGGCUCAUCACAGUACCAAAAAAAAAAAAAAAAAAAUUAAACAACGAAAAAGCUGAUAAUUUUUUCUCCUGGACUGUUCUGAAGUUGGUGGGCUAGCAUAUGAAGUCUAUAUUAUAUGUACAGGACAUUAAGGAACCGACCAUAAAAAAAAUGUAUAUUUUUAUAUAGGUAAUUUCUAUAUUCAAGAGACUCUGCAACAAAAGACCAAGGCAAAGUUAUUUUAUGUCAGAUAUACAAGAGCUAUAAUAUAGUAUAUGAAGAUUUAUCACAAAAAUACUGUUUCUUGGAAAACUAAAUGGUACAUUCUGGCAUUUCAGGUGUGAUAUGGGUUUAUAGGCAUUAUGCUACCUAGGGGGCCUUAUCAAUUGAACAAGAAAUGUAGGACCAACAAAACCAGACUGCCUUAAUAAAACUAGAUUAUCAUUCAUAGACUCAUUACACAUAUAUCCCUGUAUUACCCCUAGAAUGUAUUAAACUAAUUCUUUGAGGGUUUAGGAAUAGGUCUAGUUUGCUUCAAUGUAGAGAGUGCAUAAACCUUCUAAUGCAUUUUCUGGCUUGGUUGCUUCAAUGUUACUUCUGCAGCCAUUUAUUAGGCAUGGAUAGGUGAAAGAAACCAAUGAAUGUCAUGUUCUGCUAUGUCCUUAUAGACUGAGGUGGUAAUUUACUAAGAUCAGUAUUUCCUAUGGUCUUGAAAACUGCACUGUAGUAAGAGGCAACACAUUUAUUAAGCGGGGCGUGCAUCUGUAGCUGCCCAUGUACCAUAAAUGGGGAUCUAUGCUAGCUAUUACAUACAUUUGAGCUGUGACAUAAGUCAUUUUUUGGUGUAAAUAUAAGAAGCCCACUGCGCUAUGGGAGGCCAAGCCCUUCUUCCUGACUUCAUUUUGGCAAGAGUGACAUAAAGUUCAAAAAUGUUGAAAAUUCUUGUGCAAAACAGAGCACUGGCAAAAGCUCUUCAAUAAAUUAACCUCAGUGUCUAAAGGUUCAAGCAAUGAUAAUAGUGUAACCUUGUCAAUGUGAACGUGAAAUAAGUCUGUAUUUUUUUCAGUAAGUGGUUAACCUAACCUUUGCAUUUAAAUGGGCACUGUCAGAUAGAAAAACGUUUUAUAGGUUGUACAUUUGGCAAAACAUUAACCUUUCUAAUAUACUUCUAUAAGAAAAUCAUUUUUCCUUUUUAUAGAAAUCAUGGAGCACAGGCAUGGACAAAGUCCAGUAAGUGAGGGUGGGCUAGCGCUCGCUUCAGACAGGGGAGAGCACAGAGGAGUGCUAGCCCACCCUCACUUACUGGACUUUGUCCAUGCCUGUGCUUCAGCUUGGACAAAACCAUGAUUUAAUAAGCCAUCAUUUCUAUAAAAAGGAAAUAAAAUGGUCUUAUGAAGUUUAUUAAAAAGGUUAAAGGGGUAUUCCAUGAAAAAACUUUUUUUUA